AUGAUGGCUCUCGAAGCCCCGUUGAGAUCCUCGUCUGCAAGUCUCCCAUCCGGCUUUGCCUCGCUAGGCGAAAUGUCAUCCUCCACCCCCGAUCCCCAUCUCCGCCCCAGCAGCGUGCAAAGGGUGUCCGCAAGUCUUAGUCUCGUUAGCCCCAGCGAUCUUGUUGGGCCUUCCCCUGUGACCUCGAACGGAACCGAGACGACCGAGAUCGAAGACGAGGAGUCAGAGGACGUUAUCCAUCCACCUCCCCCAGCGCCACAGCUAUUGAUGCUCAAGACGAACAUCCCGGAGCAAAUCCGACGGAGCGUCAGCGAAGAGUCUGUCUCCGUGAUUCACGCUCCCGAGAGCUUCCAUAGCUGGGCCUCAACCGAGCCCACCGCGAAGCCGGACCAGAUGAGCGAGCGGAGCCUAGCACGAGACACCGACAGCAUGGCGAGCACUGAAGACUUCCACGAUAGCAUUCGGUGGCGAGACCUCAACCCCCAGGCGCAGAAUCUAAAGGAUGCUUUUAGUGAUCCGAGCCGGCUACGGUCCAGUAGCACUAGCAGCCUUGGGAAAAUCGACGAGCUCGGUGAAGGCGACCACGAUCUCGAUGAAACAGAUGCAGAUGCUCCAUAUACCUCGAGGGACUCGUUUGACGGGCGGUCGCCUGAUUUCUCAUCCGAGAUCGCUGCGCUCCGAACCGCAUUACAGGAGUGUUGGACCCUCUGCAACACCCUCGCCAACCUUAGUUCCAUUCACCGUGCCCGACUUUUUAACAGCUCGGGAACCCCCGAUGCGCACGAGAGGGCCUGGAAGUCUUGCUGGAGACUCUGCCAGAGGCUUUACGAUAAUAAAGACAAAACCGAAGAACCUCUCUCGGUUCAGCGUAUGAACCUCGACUUAUGCCGCGACUUUUGCCAGUCCCUCUUCGAUAUCCGACAGCGACAGGAUGAGGUCACUGAUUCCAUUCUCCGGGUGAGCUUUGAACUCAAUAACCAUCUCUACAGCGCCCAGGACGUUCGUACCCUUCCAGAAGCUUUCCGGGAGCCCUGUUGGACUCUUGCCGAGAUGCUUUUCAGCCUACGGCAAAAUAGGCGCGGUGGGCAGCCUGCUAGUGAAGAGCUCCUCGGGUCCGCAGUACAGGCUUGCUGGGAGCUCUGUGACAUCUUCAGAGAAGGUUGCACGUCUGUCCGGCCUGAGAGAAAUACGCCGCGCGCCUCACAGGCAAGUUUCUUUGGCCACUAUGAACCGAGCGGCCGAGAAAGCCGCGCAUCGACCCGGUCAUCCCUCAGCAAGGCCCAGUCCCACAAGGCACAUGAGGAGCGACAAAGGCGAGCAAACAUCCUAGUCCUCGGAACGGCUUCGGACAGCAGUCGCGGCGGCCGAUGGUCUAGUAAUGCCUCUAACCUCUCCGGCUACUCCCAUAACAGUGCAAAGACCUCUAGCACCGCCACCACGGCGACUGCGGAAGAUAGCAACAUCACCAGGGUCAAGAUCUUGAUCCUCAAAGCUGCAAUGAUUAUCGGCUAUGAGAGAGACUCAACGGCUGGCGACAACAAGUCGUCCAUGGCAUCGCUCCAGGCCUUUGUGAAGCAACUGCCAGUAUCCCACGCUGCCCCACGGGGCCGGCGUGCCACGGCUUUCGAAGUCGCCAAGGCGAUCUUAUACAUGAUGCACCGGUCGAGCCAGUACACAUUCCUGCGAGAACUCUUCCGACUCGUCUUCAACUUCGCUGUUGAUGAGGCUGAGUCGAGAAAGAAUGUCAGUAUCGUGGUAUAG